UUUUGAAUUAUUCUCAUCUCUAACUUUAAAUACAUAGAUGUGGCAAAAAAUGUAAGAUCAUUUGCCUAUUAAAAAGUAAUAGGGAAAUUAUGGCAGAAACGUUAAUUCUAACAUUGUUAGUUUGUGUUAUGCUUGUGGGGUCUUAUAUUGCAGGCAGCAUACCCAUGUUAAUGAAAUUAAGCGAGGAAAAGUUAAAAUAUGUCACGGUUCUUGGUGCUGGAUUAUUAGUGGGUACUGCUUUAGCUGUCAUUAUUCCGGAAGGUAUUCGGUCAUUGUACGAGGAUAAUGGACGAACGCAACAGUUAAUACAUGAACCUGACCAUACGCAGACCAUUGGACUGUCUCUUGUACUUGGCUUUGUUUUCAUGAUGAUGGUAGACGUGUCGCAACAGAGAAGCAAUAUCGGAAACGACAACAAAAAUUCUGCUACUUUGACUCUAGGGUUGGUAGUGCAUGCUGCAGCGGAUGGAAUUGCUUUGGGUGCCGCAGCAACAACGAGUCACCAAGACGUUGAACUAAUCGUUUUUUUAGCUAUAAUGCUGCAUAAGGCACCAGCAGCCUUUGGCCUAGUGACUUUUUUAUUGCAUGAGAAAGUGGAUCGGCAAAGAAUUCGGCGACACUUGGCGUUAUUUUCAUUAUCGGCACCUCUAUUGACGCUUUUGACUUUUUUUGGAAUAGGCCAAGAACAGAAAGAAACUCUAAAUUCUGUUAAUGCUACAGGAAUAGCUAUGCUGUUUUCAGCUGGAACGUUUCUAUACGUCGCUACUGUGCAUGUACUGCCGGAGCUCACCCAAGGCGGAAUCAAACAGACUGGACAGCAUGACUACCGUUUGCUUGAGGAAUCUCGUGAUGUAGCCACAAAUGACGUAAACGUAACUCAUAGUCUGCAAUCAUUGAAUUAUAGCGAACUAGUAAUUAUGAUAUGUGGAGCCCUAUUGCCUCUAAUCAUAACCUUUGGCCAUAAGCACUAGGAUUAGGUUAAAAAUGAAAAAGCGUUUCUUUUUGUAAAUACAUGUUUUCUGGUUUCAUACAGAAACAAGGCUUCACGAUUUGUUCUUACAUUUAAAAACGCUAUUUAAAGCUACUUAUAAUAACUAGUUAUUUAACUGUGCUUCAUUUUCGAAAUAGUUAUUUCUUUAAUAUCGUAUAGGUUAACAUAAUGAUCCAUUAUUUUGGUUGGUACAAAUGUUAUAUCCAAUUGUUUUUAUUAUUCCAAUAUGAAUAAAAAUAUUUUUCUUUUAAUUAAA